AAAUGGCUGCCCAAACAUCCAAGGUUGUGCUGUCACUGGACGCUAAAGAUGUGAACUCAAUCAAAGAUGGCGUGAACUUCAAGAAAAACCCCAAUGAUGGGAAAUGUUACAUCAUAUUCAAGAGCAGUGAUGGCUUCAAAGCAUGCAAAAAUCAGUGCAAACAUCAAGGGGGGCUGUUUAUCAAGGACAUAGAAGACCUGGAUGGCAGGACAGUUAAAUGCACCAAGCAUAACUGGAAAUUAAACGUCUCAUCAAUGAAAUAUGUGAACCCGCCUGACAGCUUCCUUCAGGAGGAACUUGAGGUUGAACUCUUAGAUGAUGGUGGGAUGCAGCUAGUGGAGCUGAACCCCAUUGAUCCGUGGCUAACUGAUCCCAGAGAGUGUCAGGAGCUUCAGCCAGGAGAAGUAAAAAUAACAUAUUUCACCCACGCCUGCAUGGAGCUGCAAUUUGGUCAGAAGCGCUUCCUGUUCGAUCCAUGGCUGAGGGGCCCUGCCUUCGCCCGAGGCUGGUGGCUUCUUCACGAGCCCCCGGCAGACUGCCUGGAUAGACUCUGUGCAGCCGAUCUCAUCUACAUCAGCCACUUGCACUCUGACCACCUGAGGUACACACUCUAAUGCUGCUGCUGUUUAACUAA